ACAGCCAUCCCAACUUGGAGCGACUACGCCAGAUGGUUCUAGGGCACAAAUAAAUCCACUUUUAAACGCUGCUUCUAAAAACGGUACUCCGCAGUUAAAUCAGCUGCCAAGACAACCGUCUGAAAGCUCUUUGAGGAGCGCUGAUCCUAUGAAUAUUUACCAAAAUAAAUCAGGCAACCUGGAUAAUCAAAGCAUUGCAAGUGAAAAUCAGAAUGUUAUCAAAUCUGAGAAUGGCAUUGAUAUUACUGGAGUGCCAAAAGGUAGAAGUUAUAGCAUUGCAGCUGCCCCUGGGGCACCAAGUCCACUCAAAAUGGAUGACGAUAGACGAAAAUCUGUCAGCGUCAUAGGUGGUAAAAUUGAAGAGAUUUCAAGUCGUAGUCCAGGACUUGGCUUGAUUCAGGAAGGUAAAAUGGACAGCAAAGAUAACAUUAAAGGAUCCAAAGAAAGCGUGGUAUCAGAAAUCAAAACUGAUGUAGGAAAGGAUACACUUGAUAGACCUGAAUCAAGAUUAUCAGGUUCCAAGAUGACAGAUUCAAUAAUAGGAUCGUUAUCAACUCCAAUACCAAGAAAGAAAUCGGAUGAUAAUGAUGACGUUAUUUCCCAAAGUAGUUCAGUGCAGUCGAAGAGCUUAAACGAGGCAGCUCGUAAUCAAAAUAAAGUGGAUGUGUCAGAUCGGUCACCAUCACUAACACGAAGUGAUGAUUCCCCAGAACCGAAAAUUAAUCCUUCUCAAAAUUCCGUACCAAAACCGCAGUCAGUGACACCAGAUAUACAACGUCCCAAAACGCCUAAGACCGAAACCAAACAGGAUAUGAAAAUAGACGGGAAACCUCCAAUAACGCCUAACAAGGUUCCAUUAUCUAUUCCAAAGUCACCUGUUAUGGAAACAAAACCGGUAAACAAAAAACCAACCGAAUUAUACACUUCUAUCACUCCUUCUGAAUCUAAAAAAUCUACUCCUAGAAAAUCAGUAUCUGCACCAAAGACGCGGCCAAAAGAUGGUGAUAACGACAGCGGCGUCGAUGAGUCUACUCAAGGAAAUGAUCUCAAUGGUUCACCGAACUCACCAAACAAGAAAAUUGCUUCUAAAUUACCGACCAAAGAAAAAUCUAGUAGCAGCUUGAAACCAAGUCUAUCCAGAUCGUCAAGCAAAAGUGCUACUGUGAAAACACCUGAAAAUCCAUUACCAGCUGAGAAGAAAAAGGUACCAAUGAACAAAAUUCAAGUUGGUAAUGCUCCGUCACCUAAUAUAAAGACAGUUAAGUCUAAAAUUGGAUCUUUGGAUAAUGCUACAUACAAGCCUGGUGGAGGAAAAGUCAAAAUUGAAAAUAGAAAGUUAGAGUUUGGUAACGUCACUCCGAAAAUUGCAGCCAAGAAUGAUGCUUAUACACCUAGUGGUGGAGCUAAGAAGAUAAUAACGACAAAAUUGGAAUGGAAUGCGAAGUCAAAAAUUGGUUCUCUACAAAAUGCUGCCUACAAACCUGGUGGUGGAGAUAAGAAGAUAGAGACAGUUAAAUUGGACUUUAAAGACAAAGCUAAGCCAAAAGUUGCGUCAACAGCAAACAUUACCCACAAGCCUGGCGGAGGGGCUGUUAAGAGCCCGUUGCCGCCUGCAGCUCAGCCACCAAAAUCAGAUGAGAAUCUGAAUCAGCAGCAGUGUUAAGUCGUCAACUUGAAGGACCUCAUAUAUAUAAUUUUCUCAUCAUACUACUAAAUUUCAGGAGUCCAGUUUCGUAUAAUGUUUUAUUUUAACUUUAUUAAUAUUAUUAUUGUUAUUUCUAGCUGAAUAAUUAUUGUUAGGUAUGCGUUUAGUUGGCAAGGAAUGUCUGCAGUUAUGUUUAAAAUGCUAUUUAUUAACUAAUGUCAAUGAUUUAGCAUAUCUUUCGACAAUAUUGUGAUCAUUUAUUACAUCAUUAAUGUUAGUCUUAAUAGUUUACUAUGUUUGUCAUAUUAAUCAUCUUUUUAUUUUCUGUUUUAUAAUUUCCCAUGCCGAUCUAAUAUAUCAUUGAGUGCCAAUUCAUAUUCAACUUACUAGGUACUUAUAUCUAUCUAUGUACUAACCAUUAUCAUAUAAACAGAUUUCUGAAAUAUUUCGUAAUAUAAGGUUAAUGUAUCCCAUUUAAUAAAAAACGAGUAUGUACGUAUUUACGGUUAAAACAGUUAACUGUGUUUUUAUUUUAGACAUAUUGGCACUUUUAUAUUUACGGCACCAUCACAUUGUGUUAUUAAAGUUAAAAUUUAUACCUAUUCAGAAGUGAUAUUUAUGAAACAUUUAAUGUUUAUGUAAUAAUAGGUGUAAGCAGUUUAGAUAUUUUUGGUUUUGAAUGUUUGAUAAACAGCUGACUCUUGAUAAAGCGGCGUUUUUGUGUUUAUAAUGUUUUCGUAGAUUUGUCUGCGCAGACUAAUGAUUUGGUGUGUUUAAGUAUAUUGGGCAGUUCUUGGCACAGCAAAGUUAUUAGAAUUUGUAAUUUCAUAAAAAAUACGUUAGACUAAGCUUUUAUUAUUUUAUACAUUUUUGUAUUGAGAACACUGAUAAUACGUAUUAAGACACCUCUCGAAGCUUUUAUAUUUUUGUACAAUUGCUGUGGCGAGAACGGUGAGGGCUCGAGAUGACUGACCAGAUUUAUUACUAGAUUAAUUAAUGUUUUAUAGUGUAUUAUGAUUACAACUAAGAUUUGUUAGUUUUAGAUAGCGCGUUUCAAUCCACUGUUAUGGCUUUUCAAAUAUUUAAUUUAUACCAUUGAUUACUAUGCGUUGUAUAAUAACAAUUAAACGAAUGAAAUUUUGAUUAGUACCCGUUUCAUUGAAUUGAGCUUUUAGAUUCAAAAAGACAAGAAUCAUUUGAAUGUUUAGUUAAGAAUAUUAAUAACAUUUAAUAUUUUCGGCCUUCUGACCUAUGUGAAUUUAUACUAGUAACAUAUAAGUAGAUAAACCAAAUUCUAUUCCUGAUAUAAUUUAUGAAUUAGAUUAUUUGUGAACUCAGAAUGUCUUACGUAAUUAGUAAACAUUAAUAUAACAUAACAAUAA